UCCCGCUCCUCCUCCGUUAAAAACUCUCCACCUUCUUCAGUAAAACGAUCCGACUUUCUUCUUCGUCCGUCUUCGUUGCUUGGUUCCGGAAGCAGUCACAGUUCUUUUUCGGGAAGGCUAAAAAAAAACUCGCCGGAGAUGGACACACCGGAUAAGAACCGCAUCUCCGCCGUGUCGUACUGUAACUUCGAGGAUUCUCCAGUUUUUCAGUAUAUUAACGGACUUUCCCCAAUAGAGCCAGUGAAGGCUGGUCAUGCCUUCCACUCGUUGGCGCUUGCAUCUCCUUCAUCUCUGUUCCGCUCGCCGCAGAUAGAUUGCGUCAAAAGGCAUCAUUCUGUUGAUCUGUCUAGUCCAGUAGUCUCCCUUGGUAGAGAAGAUGUUCUGGUUGAGCUGAAGUGUGGUGGACCUGAUGAGGAGAUGGCGAAUGUUUCUGAAACCAAGGCGUUUAAGGAGCAGGUUAAGCUAGCAAUUGAGAUGGCGAGUUCUUUGAGUACUCAAAUGGGUUCUUCUGAUGAAGUAGUAGUACCAAUGGAUGCUGAAAAUGAAGUGAUGAAACAAUCUGGUGAGUUGUGUACACAGCUGCUUAAUGAGCUUGAUGCUGAUUCGGAUAUGGUAAUUCAAACCGAAGAAAUGGAAGCUGAGAAUGGGUCUGGCGAGCAGGAGAUACCAAAUGCAAAGGAUUCAAGAAUUUGCUCUUUUACUUCGGUGCCUCAGCAGUUUUCAAAUCACUCAGGGAAUGUAGUACAGCCUUGCAGUAGUGUGCACGUUGCAGCUGGAGCUCUAGACACCACUCUUAGCAGUUCAUCGAACGUUGCAGCUUUUGAUUCUACAGCCAAAGCUGAAGAUGAUGAUGAAGAAGCAAACCUACAGCUCAGUAGCAAGCAACGGAGUGUACGCAGGCGCUGCUUGACUUUUGAUUUGGGAGGAUCUUACAAAAGGGUACCUUUGCGUGAUUCCACAAACGACUUUCCCUUUGAUUUUACAUCCAUCAACGAAGCUCCUAGUCCUCAAAAGUGUAUAGACUCCAGCAAACAAGAGACCGAUGAGAUUCUACCCGUACCACGAACUAUUGGCCUGCACUUGAAUGCUCUCGUGAACCCCUCAGUCUCACGUAACGGAAAUAAAUUUACCGCCAAAGAUGGCUGUGUUUUAUCUCAUGCUGCAGAAGAAUUCACAACUCCUGUUUACACAAUAAGGGAUUUGGUUGCCUGUGAUAACCAAAUCAUGGAGGAGGCGUCUGAGAGAUCUAUGGAAGGAGAAUGGGUUGAGGAACUUGGCAGUUGCAAGCGCUGUAGAUGUAAAAGAUCCAGAUGCUUGAAGCUGUACUGUGAUUGUUUCGCUGCUGGUCUAUACUGUGUCGAGCCUUGUUCGUGUCAAAAUUGUUUCAAUAGACCAAUCCAUGAAGAUAUAGUUAUAAAAAGUCGUCGAAAUGUUGAAGCCCGCAACCCAUUAGCUUUCGCUCCGAAAGUUGUCUUGACUUCUGCCUCUGCUACAUAUAUUGGGGAGGAGAGCAACAAGACUCCUGCUUCAGCAAGACACAUGAGAGGAUGCAACUGCAAGAAAUCAGGAUGUUCAAAGAAGUAUUGUGAAUGCUACUUGGUGGGCGUUGGAUGCUCGGCGAGUUGUAGGUGCAUAGGAUGCAAAAAUAUUCUCUGUCAAACAAAUGAGCAAUUCCACUUACCUUGAGGUAGAGUGUGAUGCGGUUACAAUCAACGAAGAAGCUAAAGAUCAUUGUGAUUAUAUCUAAGUCUAGUUCGGUAGGUAUAUAUAUGAAAGUAAUAAUCCCUGGUUAGGAAAGGAAAUGUGUUCUGUUUUACUCUGCUCUUGUUUAAAUUUAAUAUUGGUUGUUGGUUUGUUCUUUUGCACUGAAGAAAGUUUUGUAACGGUGGUAACGGUACUCGUCUCCUUUGUCUUCUACUCGUUUGUUUUCUCUUAUGGUUGUUGCGAGUUCGUUC